GAGCGGAGCCGGAAGGACAGAGCUUGACAGAAGGACGGAGCCGUGCCGUGCUGGGAGCUAGUUCAGAAAAGAUGCUGACCAACAUCUCUAAUGUGCUGAGAGCUUGCGCUCAGAGGAAUGGGGCUGCAGUGGUCAUGUCAGCACGUACAUAUGCUGACUUCACUACCCAGGCUACCUUUGAAGUAAAGAAAUGUGAUGUCCACAAGCUGGAUGAGGCCCCGGCCACUCAGGUGGUUAUGACUCGUGAUGAGGGCCUGCAGUACUACCGCACCAUGCAGACAAUGAGGCGUAUGGAGCUGAAGGCAGAUCAGCUGUAUAAGCAGAAGAUCAUCAGAGGAUUUUGCCACUUGUAUGAUGGCCAGGAAGCUUGUGCAGUUGGUAUUGAAGCAUCAAUUAAUUUGACAGACCACCUGAUCACUGCGUACCGCGCCCACGGCUACACCUACACCAGAGGAGGGACUGUGAAGGAGAUCAUGGCUGAGCUCACAGGCAGAAGAGGAGGUAUUGCAAAGGGCAAAGGAGGCUCUAUGCACAUGUACUGUAAACAUUUCUACGGAGGAAAUGGAAUUGUUGGAGCUCAGGUUCCCCUAGGUGCUGGCGUGGCACUGGCCUGCAAAUUUCAGGGCAACAACGAGCUCUGUGUCUGUCUCUAUGGUGACGGUGCUGCCAACCAGGGUCAGAUCUUUGAAACGUACAACAUGGCAGCACUUUGGAAGUUGCCCGUCAUCUUCAUCUGUGAGAACAACAGGUAUGGCAUGGGCACAUCCGUGGAGAGAGCUGCAGCCAGCACAGACUACUUCAAGAGAGGAGACUUCAUUCCUGGUCUGAGGGUGGAUGGGAUGGAUAUCCUGUGUGUCCGGGAAGCAACCAGGUUUGCGGCUGAUCACUGCCGGUCUGGAAAGGGUCCCAUUCUCAUGGAGCUUCAGACAUACCGCUAUCAUGGACACAGUAUGAGCGAUCCUGGUGUCAGCUACCGCACACGUGAGGAGAUCCAGGAGGUCCGCAGUAAGAGUGACCCCAUCUCCCUGCUGAAGGAUCGCAUGCUCAGCAACAACAUGGCCAGCGUGGAGGAACUAAAGGAGAUCGAUGUAGAGGUGAGGAAGGAAAUUGAAGAUGCUGCUCAGUUUGCCACCACAGAUCCUGAACCCCCUCUGGAAGAACUGUGCAACCACAUCUUUUCCAACAAUCCACCGCUGGAGGUGCGCGGCACGAACCCAUGGGCCAAGCUGAAGUCUGUUAGCUAAAGUUUUUUUCAUCCCUUCUUGAUAAUAUUAAAUAUAUUGACCGCCCCUACCACUCACAUAUACGCACACAUCAUUUAAUGUUCCAUAAACCAGUGCCUCAGACCCAGAGCUUAAAGCAUCAGCAAGUAAUUACAUUUCAAAGCUGUUUCUCUUAACAGCAGGGGCCAUAUUCACAAAGAUGUUCUGAGAAUCAAACUAACAAAGAUUGACAAGGGCACUAAAUGGUUAACACCUUCAGUCCAUCUUUGACGUUGGUGGAUUAGUUAAAGUCUUCAUCUCGUGUAUGAAGUGCAUGCAUCAAAAGUUAUAAAUGGAUUUUAGAGGAAGAAAAUAUUUAAGCUAUGUUUAAAGCAUAGUCGGGGUCUCCUAAGAAUAAGCACUUAAACAAUUUUUUACCUCAGAAGGUUUUGUAAAUCUGUUCCCAAGUGAAAACAUUUAGCAGAUUCUAAAUGUGCUUGUUUGAUGCUUAUCUCAGGUCAUUUUUGAGGUGUAAUUAAACAAAUGUUCAUCCGUCACUGCUCAUCUCAAGAAGAGACUGCCUGUAAAAAUGGCUUUGUACUCUUUAUACUAAAGUGUACAUGAUAAAUAAUUCAAUUUGAGUUCAUAAGUUCUUGUCUGUUUAUUUUUUAUUUAACCCCUUGUUACAAAGACACCAUAAAAGGCAGCAGGGUAAAGACCGUCACUAUCAAUGCUCUUGAUAUGUCUCCAAAUGUUUUUCUUUCUUUAUACUGUAAGUAAGAGAGGGUUAAGAAUACCAAGGGAAAAGUUCAGAAUAUUUCAGUUUAUCUUGCCAAACCAAACACGUGCCUGGCAGAUCUCAUGUUGUUUAGAAGUUGAACGUGUCAUCUCAUGUUGUCACACUCCAAGCUGAGCAGGUGAUUCUAUGCAUCUAGAAGUCAGAUGUGUGAAGACGGAUGUUCACAGAGUGUGUUUACAUUCAUAUGGUUCUGUUGCAGAUACUCAGGUGACUUUUUGAGUUUCAUGACGCAAAACAGUAACGGCUCAUUUACUUAUAUUCAGAGAAGCUCUUAUUAAAUUUCUGAUGUACAUAUGGAGGAAGAUGUAUUAUCAUCAAUACGUACACUCAAAGUGACCACAAUCUAAACCAAUGGUGAAUGUAAACAUUGUGACUUCUAGUCUGAGUGCAUUCAUCAGCCAAGCUUCACUAUUCCAAUUUUCCAAGUCUAGGAGAGAUGUUGGGUUAAGUAUUGUUGGUUCAGCUACUCGUGUAUCUGUAGCGUUAUGUACCACUCACUCAGAAGGUGUUGUGUGGUAUUUUAACACAUCAGCAGUGGCAUAUUAUUGGCUCAAAUGUGCAGGGAUACAUGGACAUUUUGAAUUUUAGUCUGUUUUUUGUAAGUUUUUGAACACAUGAUGACAAAAGUGACACCUCAGGCAGCAAAAUACAAACAACCUGCAUAUCAGCCUGUGCUGCGAGCAGCAAGCUACCAUGUUAGUUUUUACUUAUUAUUAUUCAUAAACUUUGUAACAAUCUUUGUGGCCCUUUAAAGGGUACCAGAGUGUAAGUUAAAUAUUAAAACAGACUAAAACUUCAAAUGUCAAUACCUCUCUUAAUACAACUGAAAAUGCCUACAGUGUGAGUAUUUGUUGUAAACUGUUACAUUGAGGGAGGCAGAUGGGCCACGGAAAUACUCCACGGAAACAUUGGUUUUAUGUGUAAGCCGCUGUAAUAAAAAGACUGUAAGGUACUG